AACUACCAGCAUUUCACUUUUAGGGUUUUAGGGUCAACCAAAUGUUGACCCUAAGCUAAAGCUACAGGUCAUUUUUAAACUAAAACAAACAGAAAUGCUCGCUGCUUGUCAUUUCCUGAAUGCAAAACUUCUUAGGAAAACAUUCAGACCGAGUCAUGUUACUUUCAUCCGCAGAGUCAUCGGAUCUCCCCUUUGUGGAUGAACCACAGUCACUUUUGACAUGACGCGCUCAUUGCUUUCACUGCCCGCAGCUGUCACGCACGUACGUAAAACAGACGGCGGAUGACGUCAGACGCAUUUGGGAUGGUUAAAAAAAAAAAACCCAAACAUUUCGCAACGACCAAACUGAGACAUUACUGUUUAUCAUUGCAUUUUGUUUCCUUGAUAGUGGUUUCUGUGAUGGGGAACGGAAAAAAGUGAAGAUAAAAAAAGAAAGAAAGAAAGAAAGAAAAGAAAAAAGCAAACAAGUGAGGUUUGCUGUCAUAGCAACCAAACGCGCAGAUUAGCAAAUAGCUUGAAAACAUCUUAAGCUAGCUGCCUUUAAAAAGUAUCAUAAUGGAUCCAGACUCACUGCACUAUUUUUUGGACUUAGUUCCCGUUUGUGGGAACAUUUUAACUGGCGGACAAAAAGCUGCCCUUUCAACUUCUUUGGCUCCUCUAAAGACACACUUCAAGUUCCGGCGAGUCUUGUUCUGGGGCAAAAUACUGGGGUUAAAUGAGGACUACUUCAUUGUCCAAGGGAGAGGAGAAGAUGAAAUGAAAGACAGAAAGUUUCUGUACAGCUUCAACUGCAUCGACUGGUUCCUCCUGCCCAGUGUCACAGACUCUAUGAUUGAGCWGGUGGCAUUAACUGCCAAGGGUUGCUUUGAAGGAGACCCCUCUUUUACCUACAAACCUGAGAMUGCAGAGGAAGAUGCAUUGACUGAGGAGAUGAGGCUGGCAGUGACAGUUCACCACAUUGAUGAGGAAGCGUCUGUGGUGCCUCGAGGCGCCUUCAUCACAAAUCCACGUGGUCUUGUUCAGACCAACAGCAGCUUUGGUGGUUUGUCUGACUCAGAGGCAAGGAAGCUUAACAAUUUCAUGCACUUCAGGCCGCCAAAGAAGUUACAGAAGCAAUCCAGAUUGCAGAUGGGUGAAUGGAGCCCAGCCAUCGACUUCCUGGAUGUGCUUUCUGACGACAUCACUGAAGGCCUGUGGAGUCUUCAGUCGGAACGCGGCGGCAGAAUGAGUGUGCUGCGCAGCCUCCUGUGGCUUGGGCUCACCUUCUACCAUGUUCCAAUGACCCCGCAGCACGGAUACGUCUACAUCGGAGAUGGGCUGAAAAAUGUAGACCUUCCUUUCAUGCUGUAAAAAUUGCUUUAGGCUUUUUUUUUGUCUUUAAAUGACCAAAAGGGUUACAUUCAACAACAGUUUGUGCCUACAAGCUUUUCUGCUCUUUAGUUCUUUCACCGAAGCUAUUGUUAUACAAUAAACAUGUCGAGAGGCAGAGUAAACACACACAUUUUAUUGUUUACACAGCCAACAUACCACCUGCUUUGAAAACGCAACACUGACCUCACAUUAAGUUGAGUAAGUUCACCUCAAGGGAUUUAUUUGAAAAUAAAUAAAAUCAAACAGAUAGUUGAUUGUGGGUGUGGCUGGUUAUAUUUUAUUAAAGACUGAUGCAGAUUAAUAAAAAGUUUGAACAAA